AUGAUGAGCUCCAUUUUCACUAAGCUGAACCCCCGGAGGAUCGAGUGGGAGGCGUCAUGGUACAGCCUGCACUCUCGCGUACUGAGAACCAAACCACUGCACUCCAUGCAGGAGGGUUCUGGGGACCUACACGGAACCACCAGAUUGGCGCAGGUUCUUACCACCGUGGACCUGGUGUCUCUUGGCGUGGGCAGCUGCGUAGGCACCGGCAUGUAUGUGGUCGCUGGGCUAGUUGCUAAGGAAAUGGCAGGACCAGGAGUGAUCUUGUCGUUUAUCAUCGCUGCUGUGGCUUCAAUUCUGUCAGGUGUGUGCUAUGCUGAGUUUGGCGUGCGAGUGCCAAAGACCACCGGCUCGGCGUACACCUACAGCUACGUGACGGUGGGGGAGUUUGUGGCCUUCUUCAUCGGUUGGAACCUCAUCCUGGAGUACCUGAUUGGCACGGCGGCCGGAGCGAGCGCUCUCAGCAGCAUGUUCGACUCUCUGGCCAACCACAGCAUCAGCCGAUACAUGAUCACACACCUCGGCACUCUUAACGGCCUCGGGAAAGGAGAGGAAUCGUAUCCUGACCUGCUGGCUCUGAUCAUUGCCAUUAUUGUGACCGUGAUCGUAGCUGUUGGAGUGAAAAACUCUGUGAGCUUCAAUAACAUGCUGAACGUGGUGAAUCUGCUGGUGUGGGUGUUUGUGGUGAUCGCCGGACUCUUCUUCUUGUCCGGAGAGAACUGGGAGGAUGGCAGGUUUCUGCCCUACGGCUGGUCAGGGGUGAUGCAGGGAGCUGCGACGUGUUUCUACGCCUUCAUCGGGUUUGAUAUAAUUGCCACAACAGGAGAAGAAGCACAAAGUCCGAACACCUCGAUUCCCUAUGCCAUCACCGCUUCACUCAUCACAUGUCUGUCUGCAUAUGUCUCUGUGAGUGUGAUCCUCACCCUGAUGGUGCCGUAUAAUCUGAUUGAUGGAGAUGCUCCUCUGAUGGAGAUGUUCGCUGUUCACGGCUUCACGGCAGGGAAAUACGUUGUGGCCAUCGGAGCCAUUGCAGGACUCACGGUCAGUUUACUGGGUUCACUUUUCCCCAUGCCCCGAGUCAUCUACGCCAUGGCAGGGGACGGGCUGCUUUUCAGGUUCCUGUCCCAUGUGAGUCCGUACACUGAGACCCCGGUGGUGGCGUGCGCCGUGUCUGGGUUCCUGGCUGCAUUUCUGGCUCUGCUGGUCAGUCUGAGGGAUCUGAUCGAGAUGAUGUCCAUCGGCACUUUGCUGGCGUACACACUUGUGUCUGUGUGUGUGCUGCUGCUCCGCUAUCAGCCUGAAGGAGAUGGGUUUACUGACGUGCUCCCAGAUGAGUUUCAGAAGACUAAAGAGCAUGACCCAUACUCCCCCACCAGUGAUGGAGAUGAGUAUGGCAACACGUGUGGGGCCAAAAACCUUCCCUCACAAGGUGAUGAUGAGAUGCUGAUUAGCAAAUCAGACUCUGGUGGCUACCAGUCAGAGUCCUCAGGGUAUAGCGUGGGUGAGAAAGCGACAGAGUUUGAGGAUUCAGAUAGUGCUGUGACGUCCAUGCUGAAGCGAGCACUUGGCAGUCAUUACUACACCCUUCGGAUGAGACUUGGACUUCCUGAACCGGGCUCUCAGCCCACAGCUGCUACAGGACGCACCGUCACCUACUGUGUCCUCAUCUUCUUCAUCCUUACUUUUCUGCUGUGGGCCGUGGUCAUAUACGGCUUUGCCCAAGCCUCAGCAGGCGCUCACUGGGUUUUGGUCCCUUUCGUCAUCGCCAUCAUUGUCCUCAUGGCCGUUUUAAUCAUUGUUAUUCUACGGCAGCCUGAAAGUCCCAAAAGAUUACCGUACAUGGCUCCUUGUGUCCCCUUCAUGCCCAUAGCCGCCAUUCUGGUGAACAUCUACCUGAUGCUCAAGCUGUCCAGUAUCACCUGGGUCCGCUUUGUUGUAUGGUGUUCUAUAGGUCUGAUGAUUUAUUUUGGCUAUGGGAUGUGGAACAGUUCUCUGGAGCUGAGCGCGCGGGAGGAGGAAGCCCACGCCAGCUCCUAUCAGAGAUAUGAUGCUGGAGUGGACGACAGCUUCACGGUGGAUGAAGACCUUCACACUCAGGAGGAUGGAGAAGGAGGACGGUAUCAGGGCUGGGCGGCUGAGGAGAAGGGCUACCAGUACCAGAACCAGGACCAGUACCAGGACCAGAACCAGUACCAGAACUACCAGUAGCAGGUCGAUGAACACAGGAUGUCCUCCAGAGGUCAAAAAUCCAAAAG